AUGUCGACACACACUUUUGUACAGAUUCUAUUAGCCAUUUUAUUCCCUCCUCUUGGUGUUAUUCUCAAGUUUGGCAUCAAGGUGGAAUUCUGGAUAUGCUUGCUUCUAACCUUUUUUGGGUGGAUCCCUGGAAUUAUUUAUGCUGUCUAUGUAAUCGUCAAGUGA